GUGUGAAUGCGCUACCAUCGCGCACCUUUGCAGCCGCACACCGGUGUAAUGCCAUGGCUUGAUCCAUCAGCGGACCCCGAUGUGCACUUCCAAUCAAGCGUGUCUGUCGCCGCAGGGCAAUAUUCACCCACUGCCAUUGACGAGUUGAUCGGAGGAGUACGAUUUCAUUGCGCACUGCGUCAGACACCGCACAGAGAGGCCUGAGCUGCACACGCGCAC